GGCGGGGAUCCGGCGGCUGGGGCGGACCGAGCCCUCGCUGGCACUGCUGCCUGCCUUGCGGUCCCACGGGACGCCACCAGACACGUUCCUAGGCCACCGCUGCUCCAGGAAGCCCGACUACGGACGGGAAGGUGCUAUCCAUGGCAUGCCUAAACCACCAGCUGAAAGAGGAAUAAAUUACAAGGGAUCCAAGCCACACCCCGUCGAGCCCAGACCUCGCCAGCGAGCCGGCCCUGCACAGCCAGCAGCAUGGAGAAGAUCAGCGCCUUCUUCAAUUCCAUCUGGAACACCAUCUUAGUCAAGCACCAGGAGGGGCUCUUCAACACCAUCUGCCUGGGCAUCCUCCUGGGGCUGCCACUGUUGGUGGUCCUCACGCUCAUCUUCAUCUGCUGCCAUUGCUGCUGGAGCCGGCCGGGCCAGGGCAGCCGGCAGCCAGAGGCAAACAAGAAGAAAAAGAAGAAAAAGAAGAAGGAUGAAGAAGACCUCUGGAUCUCCGCACAGCCCAAGCUCCUGCAGAUGGAGAAGAGGCCGUCCCUGCCUGUCUAGGUGUGCAGGAAGCCUCUGAGUCCUCCCUCCAGGGCUGAACCUCUUUCGGACCACUCAGAGGCUGGGAAGCCGAGUUCCUGUAGGGACACAGUCCCAUCCACAGUGAACUGCUGACCCGAGGAGCGAGCCUCCAGCUGCACCUUCUCCUGAAGCAUGCGGGCGACUCUCAGGCCACUGUUGGCAGCUGCCAGCCCAUUGCAGUGCACUUUACUGCACACCCGGGCAUGUUUUCCAUCCUUUACUGACUUACCCUGGGCACAAACACACAGGAAAACUUAUCCAUCCAGCCUGAUACAGCGCCUGGGUACACACACACACACACACGCUUAUCCAGGUGAGAGGUACGUGGGAAGGUGCACUCCGUUCCUCAGAUGCCCACUGACUGUGUCCUUCUUACAAAACCGCGCAUUGUGCACUGCUGCAAAAACGUCUUGUGGGAGGGCCUAGCCGGAUUAAGGCACAUGCUGGCAAUCCUGUUACCAGGUGAAACCCCUCCGCGCCACGCAUCCCACUCGGGUUGGAGGGAUGUGCUGUGCUGGUGGUGCUGUACCUCCAAAGCCCGUGGCUAGAAAUGCUCACACGUGGACACUGCAACCUGGUACAGUCCCCGCUGUGCUGUGUCCUCAUGCAACACCCCUCCUCCCCUUCCCCCUGCAGAGUAGCCUGCAAAGUGCAGAGGGAGGG